UCUUAACGCACUACAGAAAUCACACAGGAACAACUUCUCUGAUGGGAUGAUAGAUUCUUAAUGCACUACAGAAAUCAAGAAAUCAGAAAUGAGAGGCUUACACUGUCUUAUUAUUUGGAUAUUUUUCUCCACAAGACUCACUGGAGCAGUGUCUAUAGAUCAACCAUGUCAUAGGGUUCGACAAUCAUGCGAGCAAGAUAUGCCAGCAAAUGUCCCAUGGUGUAUUGAACGUCAAAUGAGACAAUGCUCCACAAUACAACCCCGAGUUGCAGUACUAGGCUAUUUCUUAAAGAUAAUUUCCUCCUUAAAGACAACGUUGCAUACAAAUGAAGGGUAUGUAAUCCACAUCUCAUCAGAGGCGUUACAGAAGAGCAGUGAUGUACAGACGGAAAUCAACGAAACAAAAGCUAACUUGAUUGUGUACGUUGUCAACAAUACAUUCUUCAGGACACAGGAACCCAAUGACACAGAGUCAGAGCCAAAAGUGCAUGGCGAAAGUGUACUGGGAGUUUGGCUUGGGGUGAAAGAGGUUCGUAACCUUUCUCAGCCUGUUCAACUCCGGUUCAGAAGAUCCAGUCAGUCUCAAAAUGGAAUAUGUGUCUACUGGCAUCUCAAUGAAUUUGGUGGAGGUAACUGGAGAACAGAUGGGUGCAACACUAGCACAGAGAGCGCGAGAAUUUGUGUGCAGUUGCAAUCAUCUGAGCUUUUUUGCUGUGCUCAUUAAUCCUCAAAUCCCUGAAGAGGCCCAAAUCGUCCAUCUCCAAUAUAUUUCCUACACUGGCUCUGUGCUUUCAAUAGUGUUUACAGCUAUCAUCAUGAUUAUGUUUCUGUGGCACAGGAAGAAGCGAUGUGAACAUUCAGUCAUUAUUCAUGUAGAGCUCACUGGCUCCCUGUUCUUGCUGCACGUAUCCUUCUUGUGCAGCGUUUGGUUUUCGAGCCAGAGAGAUGAAGUAUGCCAGUUCUUAGGACUUGUCCUACACUGGUGCCUUUUAGCCACCUUCACAUGGACAGCCAUCGAGGGCUUUCACCUGUACCUGCUGCUGGUGCGGGUCUUCAACAUCUACAUCAAGAGAUACCUGCUUAAACUAAGUCUGGUGGGAUGGGGAGUACCCACAGUGACAGUGAUGAUAUGUGGUGUAACUAAAGUGUAUGGCAAAUAUACCUUUUCCAUGGAGAGAGAUAAUUCGACAAGCACACCAAUAUGCUGGAUUACCACACAGACGGUGAGCUAUGUUACAGUGAAUGCUUAUCUUGGGCUGGUGCUGCUCUUUAACGUAGCUAUUCUGGCAAUGCUGGUGGUUAAGAUGCGUCAGUUACGGUCACGGGAUCUUCAUAUUAAAAACAAUGAGAGGAGGGUAUGGAAAGACUGGGCAUCUCUCCUUGGAAUCAGCUGUAUUUUGGGAGUGCCCUGGGGACUGGCAUUCUUCACCCAUGGUGGCCCCUUGAGUAUCCCCUCGCUCUAUGUUUUCAGCAUUCUCAACUGUUUUCAGGGUGUCUUUAUUUUCAUGUGGUUUUUGACUGUCACACAUAAAGCACGGGAAGAGGAACAAAUCUCAUCAAAAGGCACGAGUCAUGUCAGCUUCAACAAUAAUGAAGAACGUGUGACUACAAGAUAACCACCAGAUUUUUUUUUGGUUGCAUGAUUACUUAAAUAACAUUUUUGCAAUGUGUCAUGGUGGAAUCGUAAUGGAAUGUUAACGGCAGACCCGCUACACUAACUGUAUGGCAAGCCGUUUUAACUUUUAUUCAUUUCUAGGAUAUGAAUCCUUGAUAUCCAUCCAUCCAUCCAUCCAUCGUCAACCACUUAUCCUGUGUACAGGGUCACGGGGGGCUGGAGCCUAUCCCAGCUAACAUUGGGCAAAAGGCAGGGGACACCCUGGACAGGUCACCAGUCCAUCGCAGGGCCACACAUAGACAGACAUACACUCACACCCACCUCCACCUCCACCUCCACCUCCACAUCCACCUCCACCUCCACAUCCACAUCCACACCUAGGGCAAUUUUUUUUUUUGGAGACACCAAUUAACCUAGCCUGCAUGUCUUUUGGAUGGUGGGAGGAAGCCGGAGUACCCAGAGAGAACCCACGCAGACACAGGGAGAACAUGCAAACUCCACACAGAAAGGCCGGGGCAACCAGGGUUUGAACCCACAACCUUCUUGCUGUGAGGCGACAGUGCUAACCGCUGUACCACCGUGCCAAUUAAAUUAAAUUAAAUUUUCACUAGUUACAACUACAUUUUUUAUAUCUGAAAAUGUAUUUCUGAUAUCAAUAUAAUUUCAGAUAUCUAAAAUGGCUUUCUUACUAGUAACAAUCACAUUCAUGAUUCAUGAAUAGACAUUUCAAUUAGUGACAGUUUAAUUCUUGAUAUCAAAAAUAAAGGUUUUUACUACGAAUUGUGUUUCUGAUAUGUGAAAUUGGAAUUUCAACAAGAAAUCAAUUCUUGAAAAUUGAACUGUUGAUAUCAAGAAUUCAUAUCCUGGAAAUGAAUAAAAGUUAAAGCGGCUUGCCAUACUAAAUGACGGUAUUUCCUUGUUAUCUAUGAAUGGUUUUCAUAUUGGGAUUCGCACACCCCCUGGUGGCCGCAAUGGGCUCUACAGAAAAAAAAGACUUAUACCAAAUGAUGUUACCAUAAUCAUUUAACCAUAAGAAAUAAAAAAAUAAUUAAAAAAAGCAUGUUAACUAGCAGAAUGCAGAACCAUCUGCAUAUAGUUUAAAUAAUUUAUUGUGAUUUGUUUUUAUUCUAACUGUUCAUCUGUUGUUCCUUGUUAUCAGUGUUGGGUGUAAUGCAUUACUAUGGAAUUAAUUAUAUUUCAUUGAGAAAAAAAGUAGAAGAUUUAUUUAGUCUUUAAUUUAAUUUUUAUUAGGAUAACUUACCCAACACUGGUUGUUAUGUACUGUAUGCUCCAGAAUACUUUAUUGGCUUCCUUUUUAAUUGCCACUGUUUCCUUUGGUUUGUUCACUGUAAACUUUGUAAACCUUCAGAAUGAUUAUCAGAGUGAAAAGUGCAAAAACACAUCUAUAUUAAAUUAAAAACAUUUCUCUUCUAGCAUUGUUCUAAUAUUGGGUAGAACAAAGACACCCUGUUGACUUAAUGCAAAGUAAAUAUUUUACAGAUAAUAUCUUAAAUAAUUACAGAUAACGAUAUAUACAAGCAAAUUAUAUUGUUUUGGAAAUUACUUAAUAAAAUCAGUUUUUUCUUAUACAGAAAAUGUAUCUAGAUGACAGUAUAGCUGCCUUUAUAUUUUAGGAAAUGGGUUAACUGGCUUUAAAAAGUUGCCCUGUCAUAUACUGUCAAAUAUUAUUAUUAUGUUUUUUGACUGUUUUUCUUAAUUUGUGUAAUUUUGAACAAAAUUACAUUAAUAAAACGUCAUAUAUUUAGUUCUUUUUUAUUUAGUUAUAGAUAACUCUAUUUAAUGUGAUGGAAUUUUGUGAUGAAAUUGGAACAAGUGGGGACGGUUGCAACACUUUUAGCAUUUCCUUCAGUAUCUCAGAGACUGUUUGUGUUGGAAAGCCCGCUCAGCUACCCACCCACACUGCUGUAACAUGCGUACAUAUGAUAAUAUACAUACAAUUUAUACUUGAAUAGCCAAAGUCAAAUGUUGCAACUGACCCCAUACGAGGGGACGAC